UAUGAACAAGUAUCAAUGUCACGUGUCAGUUGAGUACAGGCUGCAGCCUGCUUUCGUGCUUGUGUUCUUUUCAACCAACUGUAUAGGUUUAUUUACAUCGAAUGAACGGCUGUGUGCGCACAAGUUAAAAAACCUCUAGUGGGGAUACUUAGAUCUGAUCAUGUUUCUGCUCGAUUCCGACUCACAGCUGGACUGUAUUAGUAAUUUAUUCGAAGGCGGAGAUGCUGUCAACUCAAGCAAUGUGUUGGGACAGUCCCCUGCACACUUGGCGGCAUGCAGCGGACAAGCCUUUUGUUUGCUAUGGCUACUGCAAACGGGAGCGGAUGCAAAUCAGCAGGACAACAAUGGUGAGACGCCUAUGCACAAAGCCGCCAAGGCCGGCAGUUUGGAAUGCAUCAGCGUGCUCGUUGCCAGUGAUGCCCAACUUGGACUUUGCAACAACGAAGGCAGAACCGCUGAAGAAUUGGCAUUGUCGUACGGAUUCGAGGAGUGCGGACGAUUCCUGAACACACUCCGAAUGACGCGACUCCUGACGAACAGCAGCACUCCUCUGAUGAUGCCUGCCGGGCUAGUAGCAUGCCCGCUGACUGGCGCCCAGAGCAGUAAGGUAGCAGGACAGAAGAGGGCACUUAUUGCCACCGGGGCCCAAGACAGAAAGAGGGCUCGAGACUGGUGAUUUUAACAAUGCACCUCUAGAAUUCGAAAAGGAGGACAAUGCUUUCUCAGCCAAGUCCAAUACAGGACAUGCAUGACGAUGUCCCCGCUACUGUGUCUGACACCAAACCUGACUGUUCCUAAACACUUACUGGGGUGUGUCUGUGAGUCUCCUAUGUAUUUGUGUGUCAAUGAUUGGCAAGUAUAAUGUCAGUGGUUAACUUGGAUAGGAGCAGAAUGCAUCCUUCUCCUGCAGUGACAGAGGCAGACGUGUGUUGCGGAGAUGGUUCAGAAAACUACGCUCAUGUGAUGAGUAACCUUGCUUUGAGAACUUAGGACUCCUGUUAGCUCCUGCUGCUAUUGCCUAGGCUUUGGUUCAGAGGGCUAAACACUGGGAGAAUCUCAAUUCCUUACUCCCCGCUUUUUCAAUACCCAUUGGAGAAGGUCAGAGGGGAGGGACCUCCGGCUCUCUCAUCCAAUGGGUUUUGAGAAUGAGACGAUGAUGCGAAGUGUAUGCAAUUGAAAUCUUUCCACUGUCUUGAGGUGUGCUCAGCAUAGGCUCCGGGCCUAGCCAUCGCAAGGAAACAACCACUGUGUGGAUUUCAUGCUCAGAUGCAAUAUGGGACCUUCUGAUUCUGUGGACACCAGUUUCAGAUGUACAUAUCAACUUUACACAGUCCUUUGUUUACAGUGCAAAUCCUUUGAGGUACACUCCCCUAUCUAUUUAUUGACAGUGAAGCUAUAUCUUUUAAUUUGGCUCUAUACUCAAACUGAAAAUGCAUCCAACAAGUCUGUAGUCACAUGCUUGAUGUAGUCAUUGUGUGUUAGGAAUAUGGGACCAUAUUACUAUAAUACACAAAGUGAAUUUGGCCAAAUAUUUAUGACACCUUCAAAUGGGGGACUAAAUACAUAGUGCUUUCUAAACGGUAAAAUAGAUAUGUAUGAAAAUACCCUCAAAUAAAAGGUGACAUUCUAUAUGUUUGACUAAAUUAAAUAAAAAGCAGGCACUUCUUCAUGAAUGAGACACACGAUGGUGGCAUGUUGAUGUAAAAACAGAAUACCGACUCAUUAGUCACAGAUGAAAGCUGAAAUAAAAAGGCACAUUCAUUUCUUCA